ACCAAAAGCUUCCCUGCGCUCACCUUCCUCAGAGAAAAAAAAGGAAAAAUCUCAAUCCAAAUGGAGUCCAAGAAGAGCUGCAAUUUGGCCCAGCUGUUGACCAAGAAGAUGCCUAAAGGAGUAGACCUGGAGAUUUCCCAACAGCCUCCAUCCAUGAGGUCUGUGGCCAACCUGAUCAUCGCCAUGGAGAGGCUGAAGGCUGGCAUGUCAGAGAAAAUCAUGAGCACCGACUUCAGUGACGAACACCUGCUCAGCAUCAUGCUGGAAAGCGUUGUGGAAGAGAGAUUAAUCUGUGAGAGGACUUCAGCUGGACCAGGUCAGUUCAGCCGUGGAGACGAACACCCUUGCACUGUGACCGACAGCCAGAAAAGAAGCCUGGUUCUGGUCCGAAACAACUUGGAGCUCCUCGCAGUCAUGCUGCAGGGAGGAAGCGACAGCCGCAAAGUGUACCUGAACAUGGCGACUUAUGUCCACCUUACACCCAACACUGCUGCGGGUCUACCCGUGGUUCUGGGCAUCAAAGACACAGACUUCUACCUGUCCUGCCACCAGGAUGGUGACAAACCAACCCUGCAUCUGGAGGAAGUGGAGGACAAAACAAGCCUCUCUGAGAUCAGCUCAGACAGCGAGAUGAGGCGCUUCCUCUUCUACAAACGGGACGCCGGACUGAACAUCAGCACUCUCAUGUCUGCCCUCUACCCCAACUGGUACAUCAGCACGGCGACACAGGACCACAAGCCUGUGGAGAUGUGCCAGGAGUCUGCUGCUCGCUACAGAACCUUCAGCAUCCAGCGUCAGAUCUGAAACCCAUAGAGACUCAUCUCCUCACUCAGAUACCGUAGCACUACCACACUCUGCUGGAAGGAAGUGUGCGUGUUAAACCCCAGUAUUUACUGUAUGUACCAAGUACAGAAAGUAAAUUGCUUCAUGUAUUGACAUUGUUAAUUUUCUACACAAGGUGGCGUUGUUGUACUGUCUAUAGAAGGAUAUUGUCUAUUUAUGGUUGGCUUAAGAGAUAUGAUGCUUUUAUUGCUUUUUGAUAUUUAUUUAUAUAUUUAUAUAAUCGUGUACAUUUUGUUUUUUUAUCAUCUGAAAAAAACUGCUCACUAAUAUCUAUUUAAAUAACCAUGUGAAAUAUUUCCAAUAAAGAACUGAUAACAUCGUA